AUGCAGGAGCAGGUCCAAAGACGUCCCGAGAAAUUUCCGGACUACUCCCUUGAUGAUGGACAGCUCUAUAAACACAUAGGGCAUCCCACAGACGUCAGAGUAAGCAACCCCUGGAAGCUGUGCGUGCCGCGAGAACAGCGCCAACGCGUGCUGGAAGACUGCCACGACCAUCCCUCCGCCGGGCAUCCGGAAGACGCUCAGGAGGAUCGCCCAGCGUUACUUCUGGCCUGGACUUCAUCGGGACGCGGUACGUACAAGGUUAGUCAGUGUAAACCAGCCGUCAAGAUGCUCACUCGCCAACCUACGGAGCCGUUCGCGCUCGUCGGAGCCGACUUCGUUGGACCCCUUCCCAGGACCCGGCGAGGAAACACCAUGCUCUUGGUUUUCAUCGAUGUAUUCUCCAAGUGGGUACAGCUCAUCCCAUUGAAGAAAGCCACCUCCGCCCAACUAGAGUUCGGAUUCCGAGAAAGGAUCCUCUCUCGCUUUGGAGCCCCCAGGAGGUUGAUUUGCGACAACGGCACGCAAUUCACCAGCCGAAGCUUCAGGGCGUUCUGCCGGAACAACGGUAUUCAACUGGAAUACACCGCUCCGUACUCCCCCCAGCAAAAUCUGACGGAGCGCGCCAACCGCACUAUCAAGACAAUGAUAGCACAAUAUGUGAAUCAGGACCACCGGACAUGGGACCAGCUACUGCCCGAGGUCUCCCUCGCCAUUAACACCAGCACCUCAGAUAGCACGGGGUUUAGUCCGGCUUACCGAGUACAAGGUCGGGAGCUUAGGUUGCCAGGUGCCCUCUUCGAUGCGGUCGCAUCCGACUUACAUGACUCGCCAUUGGAUCCAACGGAACGAGCCAAAAGGCUUCAAGAAGCGUUCCGCACCGCCCUGGAAACCAACCAAAUAGCUUCUCAGGAACAAAGUCGACACUACAACCUGAGACGACGCGCAACUAGGCUCGCACGACCAACUGCGCCGCACCCCGAGCGCUUACCCAGCCCGCUCACAUCAGGAGCACUCCGGAGUCCAGCCGCGCCGCCGCCUGAGCGCCGCCUACUGAGGGCCCUCCGGAAUCCACACUCAUCAGGAGCAUCCCAGUGGGCCACCUGCGCCGCUUACCGAGAGCGCUCCCAGAGACCGCUCACAUCAGGAGCGAUCCCAGAGAUCAGCAGCGCCACACCCCGAGCGCUUGCCCAGCCCGCUCACCUCAGGAGCACCCCAGAGACCGCUCGCACCACGAGCAGCCCAGCGAUCAGCAGCGCUCGCCCACCGAGCGCUCACACCAGGAGCACCCCGAAGGCCCGCUUCCCCGCCCUGCUUGCGCCCCCCAGCAGCGCCAUCUACAGUGCCAGCUACAGCACUCACCGCGACGAGGAAACAAUCGCCACGCUCACCGUGGACCCCGGAUCACUCGCCGCCAGAGACUCGCUCCUGCGCCACCACCAGCCGCUAGUCGGGAGACCCAGCCACUCCCACCUCAUCAUCCAGCAGCCCCGUAACGCACGUGCAUCGGAGGCGCAAUAUCAGCGAAACUCCCACAUCAGCAUCCACUUGACACCCACUCAGAGGCCCAACAGCAGCGGGCACCCAGCCACAACGUUCACCGGGUCCACCGAUGAAAACGGACCUGGAACAGAAAGCGUCGGAGGACGCAGAACAAAAACCAGCUCCGUCAGCCUCCAGACAGAUCGAGGAGGGGAGCUUCUCCGAAUCCGACGACGCAUUCACGACCCGAGCCAUGGGGGUCAGGUGGAUUUCCUACCGGCGCCCGGCGCUCGGGGAACGCUUUGCCGCAUUGGACGCCAUGUACCCGGAGGCUCCUACACCAAAGGUAGUGACCAACCGGUCCACCUCACCGAUGCCCGGCGCAGGGGACACCUUUCUCUUCGUGCCGCCAGAACAUGUCCGCAGCCGCAUUCGCCGAGAAGCUUCGGGGGUGGGGCAUCCUUUUCGAUGGGCAAGCCGACCCCCUGCGUUUCAUGGAACGAGUCGAGGAAGGCGCUGCAGCAUACAGCGUACGUAACAGCGACCUCCCACGGGCCAUCGCUGGACUACUAUCGGGCCGCGCCGAAGGCUGAUACCGAGCCUACCAGAUGCACGCCGAGCCCUGGGAGACUUUCAGGCGAGAUUUCUUGGAGUUUUUCCUCCCUCCACGGUACAACCAGCGCCAGGAGGAUGCGAGGAGGACCCGCCAUCAGCAAGGCGUCGAGCCUUUCUAGUUCUAUGUGGGUUAACGCAACUAGCCACCGCUUUCGAAAUUGCUCGGGACCGAGACCCAGUACGACAAGCAGCACUAGUUCCACCCGCCAGUGGGAGCUACACUACGAGGAGCAGCCCUCCGCCCGGCCCUCGCCGACGACGCCUUUCGGGACACCGAACCCAGUUAUAUCAAACCGGAUGAUUGGCCCGAGCCUGUGGUCGCUGCGCCGAGGAAACGUGGUACCCGCACCAUUGACUGCUGACGCCAGUCGGGAAACAGCCGGGGUCGUCGCACACUCACGGAGCAGGCGGCGACCCACCCAGCGCUCCCCACCCUUAGAUCCACCGCUCCGCUUGACGGGUGGCCGAAUCGUCGCCACGGUUACCAUCGAGGUUCAACUCUUCUCGGCAACCAUCGACACGGGGGCCUCCAGAAGCUUUGUCAGCGAAGCGCUCGCCAACCGGCUCGAUUCGGGUCGAAACAUCAAAGAAGUUCGCACCCAAAUAUCCCUGGCGGACGGAUCCCCGAAGGAACUCACCAAGGCCCUGCACGCACAAGUGCGCCUGGACCAACAACAUGUCCGCAUGACCCUCCUGACCCGGUGCGAGCCCCCAAAUGUAAAGUUGGUAUUAUAA